GAAACGUGGCCACAACGCAGCCCGAGAUUUUCAUCGCUGGGCCCACCGAGCUGGCCACGCCUUCCCUGUCCGACUGUCACACGCACUCGUUUAGCACGCGGCUACUGUAUAGCGUUAUGCCCGCCAACUGGUAUGCGGCCAAUGAUGCCUCCAUUGUUGCGGGAGAGACAAAGCACUUCUUCGCCGUGAUGGCGGGGGCGAAGGGCGAUUGGCCUUGGUUGAGAAAAAGUUUCGGAUUGCAGGUUGGAUUUACCAGCACAAGGGUUUGUCAUCUAUGUCCAAGCGAAGUACCUUGGCCCUUGGUCGUUUUUGUUUGCGCUUGCACUACGGAAGCACUAGGUUUUAAGAAAUGCUGUUUGUGUUUGUUGCAAAAACUGAAUCUGUUCUCCAGGUAUCCUUUUUGGCCUUAUGCGGAAUUGUCCUGA